CCGAAUAUUGUCAAGGUCCAAAGUUUAUUGAUUUAAAAUUUAUUAAAAUUUAUUGAUUUCAUCUAAAUUCUUGGAAUAAAUUCAUAAUAUAAUCGGACAACUUUGAUAAACGUAACCAACGUGUGGUCGUAUGGAACAAGAUCACAACAUGAUGUUCAAAAAAUUUCUGCAAUGGUUUCUUGUGAUUAUCGGCUUAAUAAAUAUUUUCGUAAAAAGUAUUAUUGCCAAUCAACUUGUUGAAUUUUUUCAAGACUACAAAAAUAAUCACAUAGAAGAUAAGGUAAACUACUCUUUUCGUUAUUAUAUUGAUCAUCCGAAUUCUGGGGUAUCACUUGAUCAUUGGGAAGAUCGAAAAGGACAACACGUGCAAGGGCAAUAUGGAUUAGUUGAACCAGGCGGUGUCAUUAGAAAUGUACAUUAUGAAGUGAAUGGAGAUAGUGGAUUUAGAGCAAUAGUUCGAACUAGAACACAAAAUAGUCGAUUUCAUCAAUUAAUUCAUACUGGUGCACCUCAACCUAAAAUACCAUAUAAACAUAAAGAUCCUGUUGCCUCAAUUAUUUAAUUCAAUUGUUUCAGUAUAAUUUUCUAUAAAAAGUAUUACCUUACUAUAAUUAUUAAUUAGUAAAUAUUUUGUUCUUAUUAUGAAGUUAUUAAAAACUAUUUGAUUGGCAUUAUACUAUAAAUGAA